UUUCAGAAGUUCUAUAACAUGGAAUCGCUGCUUCUACUCAUCUUCGCUGUUUGUCUCUUGGUUGGAGUUGUAGGAAGCAAUGCAGCUCCUCUUCCUUCAGAGAUUUACUGGAAAAAUAAGCUUCUCAACACUCCUAUGCCCGCUAUACUUCAUGAUCUCUUGCAUCCUGCUCCUGCAGCUGAUCAACAAGGAGAGGGAUCGACCGACAAACUACCUGAUUACAUUGCCUACAACUUCACAUGGCUUCGAAAGAUCAAAAACACUACUAAUUUAGAACAGGCGAACUCCCAAAAAUGCUCAAAAACCCAAAAUGACAAUGCUGCAUGCGAGAGACAACUCCAAGAUAAUGCAGGCGCGUCUCUCUUCUUCUUAGAAAAGAAUUUAUAUCCUGGAGCAAAAAUGAACGUGCACUUCGUUGUAGGUACUCGGUACUCCUAGUGGAACUGCUUUCUUGCCAAAAAACUUAGCCAAGGUGACCCCGUUUUCCUCCAAUAAGUUGCCAGAAAUCUUGAACCAGUUUGCUAUCAACCCAAAAUCCAACAAAGCCGAAUUUGUCAGUCGAGCUAUUAAUGCCUGUGAAGA